CGGCUGAAACCCUCCUGGCUGCGGCACAGGCGGCGCGCAUACAGCCGGUUACAGUCUGUCUAUGUUGUGUCGUUUCGAAAUGGAAUGACGUGAAACUCAAAGUGAAUUAAUAAAAUACUAAACCAAAGCUCUCAUCAAGUUCGCGACAACAACAGAGGGUUUGAAGUGCAAACAUGGGGGUUUCUCUUACUCUUGUUUUAAGCGGAAUGUUUAUAGCAUACAUUGCACAUUCCACCUGGUCUCUCUACAACAUUUAUAAUCCCAAGCAAUGUGAGAAGGGCGACCUCUGCAUCAAGCCAGCUUGGGACAAGCAAUCACGUUUCCAAUUUUUCUUCUGUACAUCGAGGUCCAACAAAGUAAGAUCUGUGGAAGAUCUUGCACCCAUCUGGGUAGAAGAUGACCUGGACAUAUUUAAGUCUAAUGAGAAGGAGCUGAAUGUCACCCUCCCGAGGAGAACCCUAAAGAAUGGAUCUCUGAAUGCGUAUGUGCUUCUCUUGGAGCGUAAUGUGCAUCACUCUCCUAAGACACUGGAACAAGCCUUCGAUGACCCAAAUGUGUCCUUUGAGUCAGGAACCCUGACAAAGCACAUUCCGCCACAGGAUGCAGAAGUAAACCUCAUAGGAAUGAAGGGCAAGGACAGUACACAGGCAACUCCUAAGCAGAAGAGUCCCAUAACUCACUGGAAACCAAAGUUGGAUGUUAACAUCAUGAGUGAUCCGUUCUUCUUUAAAGCCAGAAAUGUUCCAGCAGAAAUUGGCCAUCUUAUACAUCUCAAUUCAAAGCGUCAAUACCUACCAAUAGUUCACAUGACGGACGUGACAAUUCGAGAGAAAGACAUGAUUCCUGUAAAUGCAAGCGUGCCCCAGAUGUCAUUGAAAAUUGUCAUCAAUCCAAUCUCAGUGGGAAGGCUGCGUCUGAUGAUUAGUGUCGGCGAAGCAUUCAAAGCCAUGUCAUCAUUUGGUCUGGCCACUAAAGACACUGAUGAAGUGAAAGGUUUAUUUUUUGAUACCAAUUUCUAUGUGCUCCUGCUUACUCUACUGGUGUCAGGGUUCCAUCUACUAUUUGAUUUCUUGGCUUUCAAGAAUGACGUUAACUUUUGGCGUCACAAGCAGUCUUUUGUGGGUCUCUCUCUGAGAGGUGUGGUCUGGAGAGGUGCAAGUCAGGUGGUUAUCUUCCUCUAUCUAAUGGAUGAAGAUACUAGUCGAAUCGUUCUCUUCACUACUGGUGUGGGUGCAUUAAUUGAGCUUUGGAAGGUGACAAAAGCACUCAAAAUGAGCAUCUACUUUGAAAAAUGGAGGCUCAAAGUUCAGUUUGGAGACACAAGCGAUGAGGAACGAAAAACGGAUGCCUACGACUCUGAGGGCAUGAAAUACUUGUCAUGGUUUCUUUAUCCAUUGUGUAUUUGUGGGGCAAUAUACAGCCUCAUGUAUCAGUCACACAAAAGCUGGUAUUCAUGGUGCAUUCACAGUCUAGCUAAUGGAGUGUACGCCUUUGGGUUCUUGUUCAUGCUACCGCAGCUCUUUCUCAAUUACAAGCUCAAGUCUGUAGCUCACCUCCCAUGGAAGGUGUUCAUGUACAAGGCAUUUAACACAUUCAUUGACGACUUGUUUGCCUUCAUUAUCACGAUGCCAACUGCUCACAGAGUGGCAUGCUUCAGAGAUGAUGCCAUAUUCCUAGUCUACCUAUAUCAGAGAUGGCUGUAUCCAGUGGACAGAACGCGGGUGAACGAAUUUGGCGAGAGUUUUGAAAAUUCUUCCAAGAACAAGAAACACAAUUGAAGUGUCGGCCAGGAGUCAUUUUAGUUUUCUUCCAAUGCACCAUGUUUGAAGCAUGUCACAAGAUAAAAACUUCAUUUACAAGACACACCUAAAGUGCAAGAAAAGGGAAGGUUGUGCACCAGAGCAAUAAAAUAUGAAGCAUGCA